GCUUGCUAGGAGUUAACUAUGGGCGGAACUAGGACAAAAGAGAAAAAACAGGAUCUGCCCUCUGUACAGUCCACACUGCAGAGCUACGGAAUUACAUUCACCAUGGAUCUGGUCAUGGUUCUCAUCUCCAUCAUCGUCAUCUUACUUUUGGUCAAUGCUUUCAAGAAUCAAAAGCAAGGAAAGAACGAACAUUUCCCACCUGGACCAACGCCUUUACCGAUCAUUGGAAAUAUGCACAUAAUGGACAUAAGAAGACCUCAUAAAACGUUUAUGAAGUUGGCUAAGGAGUACGGCACAGUCUUCAGCAUCCAGACAGGAAUGUCAAAAUCUGUUGUCCUAUGUGGUUAUGAUACCAUUAAAGAUGCUUUAAUCAACCAUUCAGAUUUUUUUUCCGAAAGACCACUUUCACCGCUUUUUAAAGAAACAACAAAAGGAUAUGGUGUUGUCUUCUCCAAUGGAGAGAACUGGAAAGUGAUGAGAAGAUUUACGCUCUCAACCUUACGAGAUUAUGGAAUGGGAAGAAAAACCAUAGAAGACAGGAUCAUUGAGGAAUCUGAAUGCUUAAUCCAGAAGAUAAGAUCAUAUCAAGGAAAGCCCUUUGAUAAUCUGACCAGUAUAAAUGCUGCUGUAGCCAAUAUAAUUGUGUCUGUACUGCUGAGUAAAAGAUUUGAUUAUGAGGAUCCGACCAUACUACGGCUUAUUGGUUUAGUCAGUGAGAAUGUAAAACUUCUAAGCAGCCCCUCGGUCAUGCUAUACAAUUGUUAUCCGUUUCUUGGAAAAUAUCUUCCCGGAGCUCACAAAACAAUUUUUGAAAACAUUAGGACGUUUCAUGACUUUAUAAGAAAGACAUUUACAAAACAGAAGAAAGAACUGGAUGUAAAUGACCAGAGAAACCUCAUUGAUGCCUUCUUAGCCAAGCAACAAGAGGGAACGCUGGAAUCCACCCAGUAUUAUCACAAUGAGAAUCUGACUGCUCUGAUAGUAGAUUUGUUUGGGGCUGGAAUGGAGACCACAUCAACCACAUUAAGAUGGGCUAUUCUGCUCAUGAUGAAAUACCCGGAAAUUCAAGAAAAAGUGCAAAAGGAAAUUGAACAAGUGAUCGGAUCGGUCCACCCCCAAAUGGAGCAUAGAAAACAAAUGCCGUAUACAGAUGCUGUCAUUCAUGAAAUUCAGAGAUUUGGGGAUCUUGCACCUGCUGCUUUACAUUCAGUUUCUCAAGAUGUUACCUUUAGAGGCCAUUUUAUUCCAGAGGGAACAUCUGUGAUUGCACUCCUGCAUUCAGCUCUCAGAGAUAAGAAAUACUUUGAGAAACCAGAUGAAUUUUAUCCUGGACAUUUUCUUGACUCCAAUGGAAACUUUAAGAAGAAUGAGGCCUUCAUACCAUUUUCACUAGGUAAAAGAAGUUGUGCUGGCGAGACGUUGGCUAAAAUGGAGAUAUUUCUCUUCUUUACGUCACUAUUGCAAAACUUCACUUUCCAUCCACAACCUGGCGCCGAACUGGACCUUACUCCAGCCACGGGGUUUACAAAUUCCCCCAAGCCUUUUGAAAUCUGUGCCGUGCCUCAUCGAUAGAUUAUGAUUUACAUCCAUCCUCCGUGUCAUCUUUUACAUGCAUAGGAAAAAAAAAAGAUAAAAUGUUUUGACAAACACGAAGCUAUAUAUUUAGGGCAGACGUGAGGAGAUAUUUCCAGCAUGGGACCUACUGUAUACUUUGUAGAGAUUUAGUAAAGUGAUCUACAAGGGUUUCAGGAACAAGUGGAGGACACUGCUGCUAUUUUUCUUCGUAUUUUCCAUUUUUUCAAAAUCUCCUUCACCCCCAUGGUUAUAAACCAGGAUAGUUUUUUUUUUCCAGCAGUCUCAACUUUUUAUUUUUUCAUAAACGUAGCUGUAUGAGGUCUUGUUUAGUGGAAUAAAAAUUGUUUCUUUAGGCUA